CAGAAUUAAUAAUUAAAUUUCAUCACUAAUCAUAUAUUCAAUCACUGAGACAAUCUCUCAUGAAAAACAAAAUUGAAAUGUUUCCUCAGGUUUCUUUUUGUGAUUUUUUUUUUUCCAAUUUUUGUAUUUUUUUUUCUACCCCACCAUUAAUUUUGUUCUUUUCCAUCGUAAUUUUCUCCAUUCUAAUGAAUGCUCUCUCUCUCUCUCUCUCUCUCUCUCCCUAAACCUGAUACUCCCCACUACAUAAGCUCUCCUCUCUUACAUCAGUCUCGUCAACAACCACCUUUGAGUCUUUGUUUCGUCUCUGCAACCUCUUUUGUUGGGUUUUGAUGAGCGAACUCACUCAUCUCAUUCAUCUAUAACCUUUCAGAAGUUCUCUGUUUUCUCAUUUUUAUUUUCUUUGAUGAGAUUUGAAGGGGAAAGAGAGGCUUCCCGGAAUUUUGUAAUGGCACCCAGUUUUGAUUUUGAUUGCUCAACCUCUAACCUUCUCUGUGCAGAAGACAACAGCAGUAUCAUGUUGUUUGCAGGUGAAGUUGGGGAGGAGUUUGGUGGUGGCGAUGCUUGGGUGGCACAGAACCAUCGUACACUGAAUCAAAACCAGAGCUUUCAUGGUGGGGAGUUCUCUAUCGAACUUCCCUUGAUAACUGAGGAGUGUUUUAAUUUGAUGGUUGAGAAGGAAUGCCAGCAUUUGCCGAGAGAUGAUUACAUGAAGAGGUUGCAGAGUGGGGACUUGGAUAUGGGUGUUAGAGGAGAGGCUGUCGAUUGGAUGAGGAAGGUUCAUGCCUAUUACAGCUUUGGACCUUUGAGUGCCUAUUUGUCAAUAAAUUACUUGGAUCGGUUCCUUUCAGCCUAUGAACUUCCUAGAGGGAAAAUUUGGAUGAUGCAGUUGUUGGCUGUGACUUGUUUAUCUUUGGCAGCCAAAAUGGACGAGACAGAAGUGCCCAUGUCUCUAGAUUUACAGCUCGGGGAUUCCAAAUUCAUCUUUGAAGCUAUUACAAUUCAGAGAAUGGAACUUCUUGUGUUAAGUACACUCAAAUGGAGAAUGCAGGCUGUGACUCCUUUCUCCUUCAUAGACUAUUUCCUUCGUAAGAUCAAAGAUGACAACCAACCACCGCCGGAUUCGUCCAUCUCUCGAGCGGUUGAACUGAUCUUAAUCACAAUUAAAGGGAUUGGCUUCUUAGAUUUCAGACCAUCAGAGCUUGCAGCGGCAGUGGCUAUAUCUGUGUCAUCCUCAGAAAACGAAACAGUGGACAUUGAUAAAGCUGUCUCUUGUUUCAUACAUGUAGAAAAGGAGAGAGUGUUGAAGUGUCUUGAAUUAAUCAAAGAUGAGUCAGAUAAGAAGGUUGUUGCUGCAACUGGGUUGGCUCCAUCGGUGCCACAGAGCCCAAUAGGGGUGCUGGAUGCUGCAUGCUUGAGCUAUAAAACAGAUGGAACAGUUGGGUCAUGUGCAAAUUCUUCUCAUAAUAGUCCAGAUGCUAAGAGGAGGAAACUGAACAGACCCAUCUGAAUUGGGAGUCAUGAGGAGUGGGGCUGCUCUUACUUCUCACCCACCCAAAUCAAUUUUAUUUUUGGUUUGGUGGAAUGGGUGUUUUGGUGUGUAUCAAGUUACUCCUGAACAAAAUAAAAGGAAAAAAAAAAAGAGAG